AUGUCACUUACACAAGCAUACCAGUCUGGUCAAGCCACUUCUUUGGCCGUAUACAAUCUACCCACCUCGGCAGACGAAACAGAAGUUCAGUCGAUAUUCCCUUCGGCCAGGUCAGUCAACUUCGUACGAAGCCAUUCUGUGUCUUCGCAAUCUAAAGGCAUGUGCAUCUUGCAAUUCAACAAUGCUCGUGACUGUCAACAAGCCUACGAUGAAUGUCUUCAAGGAAAAGAAAUUGGUGGACAGCUUCUGCAUGCGGAACUGAACGGAGAUUAUCAUUCCAGUUCGUCAGAAAAUUUAAAUGUCAGCCAGCAUUAUGGAGGCAAUUCCAGGGAUUUCAGACGUUCACAUGCCGAUAAUGAGUACAGCCAGCCCACAUAUGAUCCGCAUGGUAGAACUGAUAGUGAAAGUUCUUCCAACGCUUGUACACUCACCGUGUCAAAUCUUCCCUAUACAGCAUCUGAAAGAGAUAUUAUGCGCGAGUUCCCGGAAGCCCUCCGAGUAGCACUUUCGUUAGACGAGCAGGGACGUUCCAGAGGCGUUGCUCACGUGACUUUCUCGAAUUCCGACCAGUGCAGCGCCGCUCUUACUUCCUGCGGAAAUAAGAUGAUGGGUGGUAGGCCUGUGCGUGGACGAAUCCAGAGAGACCAGGAGCACAAUCAACAACCGGGUUAUAACAAUCAACGCUCUUAUAAUCGUGACCAAAGAGAAUACGGUCAACGUAAUCAACGCGAAUACAAUCAGCGUAAUUUCAAUAAUCGAGAUCACACCAACCAGCGUGAAAACGGUAACCAGAGAGAUGGCAAUCAACGUGAGUACAAUCAGCGUGAUUAUAGUGGUCAACGUGACUACAACAGACAAGUAAAUAAUUCGACAAUUAAAUCUCCAAAGCCUAAUGCUACUCCGGAAUCAAAGAACAAGCAUCUCGUCAACGGCAAAGGCACUCCAUUGAAAGGUGGAUCAAAACGUCCAGUCCCUGUCGGCAGCGACGAGAGUGAUGUAGAGGUUGACACAGGUGUGUUGGUGGGCGAUGCAGGUGAAAUGAGGAUGUCACAUAAGAAACUGAAGCUGGCGACUGAAAAGGAGAUGGAACAACAGAAAAAGGAUCUUGGCAGUGAAGAUGAAGAGGAUGAUGAAGAAAAUGAUGAGGAAGAAGAGGAGGAGGACGAAGAGGAUGGAGAUGAUGAUAAUGAUGAUGACGAUGACGAUAGCGAAGAGGAAGAUGACGACGAUAGCGAGGAGGAAGAUGACGACGAUAGUGAGGAGGAAUCUGAUGAAGAACAAGAAGAAAGCAAUGGAGACAAUUCAAAACUGAAUGCUGAGAAAGGUAAAGCCAUCAACAACCUGGUUGGGUCAAAGGCUGCCCAGAAACCUGGUUCGAUGUUGAACAAUGAGAAAUUGACGGAUAAUAAGGUAUCAAGCACAUCGAGUAAAGCGACUGAAGGGUCCGAGCCACAAAGCAGUACAUCAGGCAGAGUCCUCAUACUACAUGGACCUGACAACUUGAAUAAUUUGAAAGAAUUCCUUUCCAAAAUUAGCCCAGUGACAAGCAUAAGCAGGAUUGAACCAGCACCUAUAAUGGCUACCAUCGCUAAUAUAAGCAUUUUCAAAAGUCGAUUAAAGUCAGGAAAGUUGAUGUUUCAAGGGAAGGAGCUCGAAGUAAUACCUGUAGAUAGAGUCGAUGACGCCAAUAAAGGAAUACAACCCACCAAAACUUUGUUCGUAGGUGGAAUUCCCAAAUCCCUGACAAUUGAACAACUAAAAAGUCACCUCCCCAACAACUGUCAACCUGUUUCCCUAAAUUUGCUGAAUAAAAACCCUAAGAUCAAUAGUGCAUUCAUAUCCUUCUCCUCUAUUGAUGCGGCUAAGCAAGCUCACCAAAUUUUCAGUUGUUUAACUGUGGAAGGCCAACUGUUCAAAGUGAACUUCGCUAAAGAUCAACAACCUCGAGCUGGUCCUGAUGGUUCCGUAAGGGUCGCAAUUUCAAAUUGGGAUGGUCAUCCGAACCAGUUGCGUAAGCUAUUCCCGACAUGUAUAGACGUUCAGUGGAUUCAGAAAAAACGAAAGGCAUUUCUUAAAUUUCCUUCCUUGGAAGUCCGAGAGGCCGCUGUCUCACAGCCAAAGUUCCACGCCGGUAAACAGCUGAAACUGGCAUUAACAGGAGGACCAGAACUAAAGACUGCCAUAGUUUGGGGUUUUCCAGCUGACACAAAAGAAUCAGACAUCAAAGGAUUAUUUGGUGGCGUCGUUUCAGUGUCACGUGAUACAACUACCGGGAACCAGGGCGCAUCCAUGACUGUCGAGUUUGAAACCGCUGCAGAUUGUAGCAAUGCAAUUUCCUCAAACGCAACUCUGAAAGGUCGCCGCGUGACAAUAUUUUUGAAAGAUGUCCUUGUCGAUGAUUGCGCUAACAAUCAACAGAAACAGUCUGGACCACCUGAGAAGAAAGCUAAACCUGUAGAAGCAGGUGUUUCGAAGGUCAAGGCUGCUCACAAAGUUUCAGAGGCAGAGGAAGUGCAUGACGCAGAUGAGGAUGAGAAUGACGAUGAAGAGGACGAAGAUACAAGUGAAGACGGCGAUGAUAGUGACGAAGACGAUGAAAGUGAAGAUGAAAGCGAGGAAGAAGAUGAUGGAAGUGAAGAAGAAAGUGAUGAGGACGUUGAUAUGGUCUCACCUAAAGGCAAGGAGAAAAAGCAGUUUUCUGGCUCACAAGACAAAAAAACUGGUGGGUUUCCAAAAGCAGGCAACCGUUCAGGAGAUCAAAGCAACUUCAAAUCGCAACACAAAUUUGGUGGUGAUUUCAAGCGCAAUUCGUUCCGUGGUCGUGGUGGUCGAUCUCGCGGCCGCGGUGGUCAGUCACCUCAUGGUCGUGGUGGCCAGUCUUUCCGUGGUCGUGGUGGCCAGUCUUUCCGUGGUCGUGGUGGUAACCGUGGGGGCUGGUCAAAACGCGGUGGUUCUGGUUAAAAAACUUGAUUGCUCUGUAAAUUCGAAUUGCAAAUAAAUCUUUGUAAAU